AUGCUAUGCGCGUCUGACCUCAACGGCGUCAUGAACAGCGCCGUCGGCGACGGCGUUCUCAUGGCGCUCUUGCUUGACGCAUCCGGGAACGCCAUCGCCACCGCCUUUGCCGGCUCCGCUGCGCAGAAGGACAUCAUGUACGCGCCAGUGGUCGCAGCCACUGCGAAUAUGUGGCGCGCAUAUGCUCGCAGCGACCUAGCAGUGAACAAACUCAACCUUGAACUGGAGACCGAAUCGCUGGAGCAAGUGAUCGCGAGCUUCCCAGACAAAAAGAUUUGCGCCAUGUCUGUUGCGGACACAGCAGUUGUGUCACUCAUGUCAGUGGACAAGUCCGUGACCGAGGGCUUUCUCAAGCUCAAGACAGCUGCCCUCCAGCGUAAGCUGGACGGUCUGCUGCGGCCUGUCAUGGCAGUGUAG